ACUUCAGAAUGUUACGUAGACAAGCUAAUGAACCACGCAGAGUAGUUACACAGUAGAGAUAUUCGUGCGUUCCACAGUCACUGGACCUGCUGAAGUCUAGGCUACAUACAUUUGCGCUCUAUUUCUGUUUGUAAGUGGAUUCUGGUCUGACUGGCAUUUUUGUCCGGUGGAUAAUUCGGAUUUUGGAAUCUCAACGCUAGUUGCAUAGAAAUAAAUACAUCUGCGCACUGACGGAUGCUUAUGGACCACAGUUAUUGCCGUUGUGUAUGCGCUCACGCUAUUUUAUUUGGCUUGUAGAUAGGUAGCCUGCGUUUUCCUUUAAAAUCAACUUUAACAUGGCCACAGACGAGCUGUCAUCGAAACUCAGCCGUCGGCUGCAGAUAGAGGACGGGGCGGAGGAGCCGGUGGCCGUUGAUUGUACACACGAGAAUGGAGCGGAGAAACCGAGCACGGCAAGCGCGGACUCCGAGUUGGGAGCUAAGCUUCAGCGGCGGGGAGAACUGAAUGACGGAGUGGGCGAGCACCAUCAGCCUAGCAUGAAGGUCUUCAACCCUUACACCGAGUUCAAGGAAUUCUCCAGGAAGCAGAUCAAAGAUAUGGAGAAGAUGUUUAAACAGUACGACGCUGGGAGGGAUGGCUUCAUCGACCUGAUGGAGCUGAAGCUGAUGAUGGAGAAGCUGGGUGCGCCUCAGACCCACCUGGGACUGAAGAACAUGAUCAAGGAGGUGGACGAAGAUCUGGAUAACAAGCUUAGCUUCAGGGAGUUCCUGCUGAUCUUCCGGAAAGCGGCGGCGGGCGAGUUGCCUGAGGACAGUGGGCUCAGUGUUCUGGCUCGCCUCUCUGAGAUCGACGUCUCCACAGAGGGAGUGAAGGGAGCCAAGACCUUCUUUGAAGCCAAAGUCCAGGCCAUCAACGAGGGCAGUCGCUUUGAGGCGGAGAUCCGUCAGGAGCAGGAGGAGAAGAAGAAACAGGCAGAGGACAGGAAAGUGAGACAAGCUGCUUUUAAGGAGCUGCAGUCAGCCUUCAAAUGACCCGCGACGCCGCCGCUCUCCUCUCUCCCCACAACGCUGCCCCCCACCCCACCUGUCCUCCCCUCCACCUCGCUAUCUGCCUGUCAGUUUCAUCCAUGUCUUUGUGAAAGAUCCCACAUUUUAUUAUAUGCAAGGCAUUUGGGACGAGUCAGGUACUGACUUCAAGCCCUGUGCGGUUAGUCACUGAUCUUUAACUCAAUGGAUUGGAGUGGUCACAUGUCGGUUAUGUCUACUGUUGGUGGGAAUUUUCACCUUGUCACAAUGUUGGCACUGUUGUCAGUUAGGUACUGUAUUUGUGUGUUAAAAAAAAAAAAAAAAUAUUCAGACAACCCAUUCUUUUAAAUACUUUCUAGUGAUGUAAUUCUAGUUUGAGGUGUAGUUGUUCAGGGAGGGAAAACAUAUCCAAUCCAUUGUGUUGCUAUCAGUGGCACAAGCACUCACUAGGCCCACUGUACAUGAUGUCAUUUCCUGUAGGAAGUCGGAAACGCUCUCAAAGACAUGCAAAUCACUGUACCCUGGCAGUGCCCUGAAACCUCACCUGCCAGUGCAGCAUUACCUUGUUUGAGAGGGAAAACAUACAUACAGGUGCACAUUGUUUUCACUUGGCACGCAAUCCCAUUCUAACGUAGAUUAGCUAAAUGUUCAACAUGUAACGUUUAAAGCCUAAUAUAGUUCUAUAUUUGUAAUGUGGGCGGGGGGGAGGGGGGAGGGGGGAGUGUGGCUUGGUUAUGGGCAUGGAGGUCUUUGCAUGCAUGGUGGUGGUAUUUUUUUGAACAGUGUGUUUUGCAUGGACACUGAAGGUCUGACAAUCUUAACGCCACAAAAUGGUUCCCACGCUUGUGAUCUGUCUUCUACCUAAACUACUGACCCACAAUGCCAUCCCUGGCUUGCUCCUAUGAAAGAAUCAGACAUCUUUAGUCUGAUUAUUACCUUGCUACUAUUGCUUGUCAAAAUAUUUACAUAUCUAUCUUAUGCAAAGUAUGGUUGUGGUGGGUAUAGUUGACAUUAAAACCUUUCUUGAUCUGAACUUGAUCUUGAACUUUGAUACUGUACUUACGCUCUGCUACUUCACAUGCUAGUUCUAGUGUAGAACCACAACACAAUGUGAAUUAUCUCCAAAAUGUCUGUUUGGAUCCAAAAUGGUUACUACUGUGUGUCUUUAAUCUCGGGCUAGACGGCAAGUGCUUAGAAUCAGGAAGUCUUGGGGAACUAACUGUUGUACCACUGGAACUCUGAACGAUGGUUCUUGUUGUGUGGCGUGGUGGGAGGAGUUUGGCUGGGGUGGUUGUCUAGGUAUUAAAGGACCCCUGUAUUUGCUGCUUCCGGUUUAAAUUAGGUUUCCUCGAAUAGUUGUACUGUAGCUUUAAAAGUUCGUCAUUGCUGUUUCAUUGGUUUCGGGGGAACUCAUCCAUCGCUCAUUAGUUCUGUUCAAUCCUUUUCAAGACCGGAACCACCACACACAGGGUUAGAGAAUGGCAGUCGGUGAAUCCAUAACGCUGAUGCAAAAUGUAGUUUAACCCCUGCUUGGUUCCCCUGUGUUAAUUUGGAGCAAAUGGAAAUAAUUUGAAGGUCCAGAUACGCUGUGUGGUUUUAGCUGCUUUAACUCAAGCAGACCUAAUAGGUUGUAGUCACGAUUUAAACUAGUUUUAGAGAGUGACCUUAUCUAGAGAAUCCUUUAGGUAUGAUUUAAUUUGACAUCAUAGAAUGGCUUUAUGAUACUAAUUUAACCAGCUCACUCAGUAUCUGAUUUAUAAUAAGGAGCAGAAGGUACAAAGUUUACCGUAAGACCUGCUUCUAUAAAAUGCAUUUUAAUUGAAAUUUGCUCCAUGGCCUGCAGAAUAGGAGUACAAUAUCAAAUGAGGGAAACUGUUGUUUUAAACAUUAGAUUUCAGCAUUUGUGAGCUUCCGAUCUUGUGUUCUAGACGGUAUUAUCAGCUGAAGACUUGGCAGCAAAUCACAGCACAAUUCAACUGAGCUUGUGUAUAAAGAAUAUAAUAUUUUUUCAUGAUAAUAGAAUUUAAAAUGCUUUUAGUUUUGUAUGGUGUAGGGUUCUGUGAAAUGUUCUGCAUACUUAUGGGUGUUGUCCACAAGCUGGUCUCCUGGUUUAAAAAAAGAAAAAAGGGGAAGAAGAAAAAAGCACCCCCACUGGUUAGUCAACUUCCUGGUGAUAGGUGAUUGGCCAGUUCUUAUUCUGUGUUUAAUUAUAAAGAACUAGACAUUGCUUUCCUUAUGUGAUUUGGAGACUAGUUUAUGAACAGUAAUUUGCGUCAAAAUGUCCUUUGGAUUUGUUAUAUUCUAAACCUUUCUUGGUUCUGACCUUUGACAUGCAAUUUAUUCCAUGUUAGCAUACUGAUCCAAUACAAAUCACUGACUUUGUUGGAGUUUGGGUGCAUAUUCUCAAUUUAGGGACCAGGGUCACUUCAUUCCUCACUUUCUCGUUUCCUUUUUUUGUCUCCCAUGUGUAUAUUCUCCUCCAUCUUGUCUUCAUUCCUGCGGUGACAUUGUGCCAAAAAAAAUGCUGAUCCUGUGUCCCUUUUAUUCCACUGCUAGUCACAUAAAUGUUGAAUGGAUAACAUUCUAGGACCUUUAUGAUUUACAGUAGUGUGAUAGAAGUCAUGCUCAGGGUACAAUACAGUAAUACUAAAAUGUUGUUAAUGUUUCAAUGUUAGAUACAUUAAACAAGUUGGACAUCAUUAUGCAUUAUAGUAUGAAUUCAUUGCCAAGGCGAAGUUUUAAAUCCACGUUCAAUCAGGGUUUAUUUUGCAAAUGGGAUUUGCUUCACAAGAUUUGUGGAACUAGUCUCAGUUUAAGAACGUUUCACUGUUAAAGGUUAAGGACAGAACUUUUCCUAUUCUGAAGAUUUGGCUCUGUUUUGUUUGUGUUAUACGUGUUAUAACUAAGUCUUCUUUUUUCAAAGUAUUUACUUUUUCCACUUCUCCUUUGUGAUCUUACUUGCAGGCAUUGUCAAAGUCUUGUUUUUACAAUGUGUUAUGGUAAUGUGUUCUUGUAGGCUAACGAUGAUGAGAAAACAAAUGAGACUACUCUAUAAAAUACAUUUUAUUUUGAUUUUCUUACUAAAAUGUAUGAGUAUUCUUGUGGCAAUAAAUAAACAUUUAAUUUGAAGUGUG